GCGCCCGAGAACGUGCCUUGGAGACAAGGGGAGGGGGUGGCCCCUGGAAGAGGGUGUUGCUCUGUUCCUGGACCGGCCUGGGGCGGCCUGAGUCCCCACGGAGCGCACGUGCUUGCGCUCUGGGACCCGGGCACUGCCGCUCCGCGCGCGGGGCAGGGCGGGGUCCCGCGCUCAGGGGAGCCGGCGAGUGUCUGCGGGAAUCCCACCGGCGGCGAGCACCCCACCCCGCCCCGCCCCCGGCCGCGUGUGGCAGGCGGAGCGCUGAAGGAGAGGCGCAGGGCUGUGCAGCGCCGCCUCCUCGGGGCUGGGGCAGGUACGCAGGGGCCAGGCGGUGAAAGAGAGCACCCCGAGCGCCCGGCUGGGGAAGAGCCGCAUGCAACCGGUGGUAGUCCGGGCUGGCUGGGGCGGGGGCUCCGGUCUUUUCUCCGCGGGUCCCUGGCAGUGUGCGCGGACGGCCCGGAGGCGGUGGCUCUGAUCUGGCAGGCGGAGGGUUGUCUCCCGCGCCCGCCUGCCCGGCGCGGUCCGAGGAUGCGGGGGGGGCGAUGCCCGGGGCCAGGGACGCGCUCUGUCACCAGGCGCUGCAGCUGCUGGCCGAGCUCUGUGCCCGCGGGGCCCUGGAGCACGACAGCUGCCAGGAUUUCAUCUACCACCUGAGGGACCGCUCCAGACCCCGGCUCCGCGACCCAGAUAUUUCAGUGAGCCUGCUGACCCUUGUGGUCACUGCCUGUGGCCUCGCUCUCUUUGGUGUAUCCCUCUUCGUGUCUUGGAAACUCUGCUGGGUUCCAUGGCGAGAACGAGGCCUGUUCUCUGGUAGCAAAGACAACAAUCAAGAGCCUCUUAACUACACGGACACAGAGACCAAUGAGCAGGAGAACAGUGAGGGCUUUCUAGACCCUCCCACCCCUUGCCCUGACUCCUCCAUGAAGAUCAGCCACACCUCCCCAGACAUUCCCCUCUCAACCCAGACUGGGGGACAGGAGAACUGUGCCCAUGGCGUCCGGGUUCAGCGCCAAGUCACAGAACCAACCUCAUCAGUUAGGCAUAAUUCAAUCCGAAGGCAACUCAACCUGUCAAACCCUGACUUCAAUAUCCAGCAGCUUCAAAAACAGGAGCAGUUGACUGGAAUUGGCCGAAUUAAACCAGAAUUAUAUAAGCAGAGGUCUUUGGAUAAUGAUGAUGGGAGAAGGAGUAACAGCAAAGCCUGUGGGAAACUGAACUUCAUUUUAAAAUAUGACUGUGACUUAGAGCAGCUCAUAGUGAAGAUUCACAAAGCUGUCAAUUUGCCUGCCAAGGAUUUUUCUGGGACUUCAGAUCCUUAUGUCAAAAUUUAUUUGCUUCCUGAUCGGAAAACAAAACAUCAGACUAAAGUUCACAGAAAGACCCUGAACCCUGUGUUCGAUGAAGUAUUUUUGUUUCCUGUUCCCUACAAUGACCUUGAAGCACGGAAGCUCCACUUUUCUGUGUAUGACUUUGAUAGGUUUUCUCGCCAUGACUUAAUUGGCCAAGUGGUGGUGGAUCACUUCUUGGACUUGGCUGACUUCCCCAGGGAGUGCAUCCUUUGGAAGGAUAUCGAAUACGUCACCAAUGACAAUGUGGACCUUGGCGAGUUGAUGUUUUCCCUCUGCUAUCUCCCCACGGCUGGCAGGCUGACCAUUACUGUUAUAAAAGCAAGGAAUUUAAAGGCGAUGGACAUAACAGGAGCAUCAGAUCCGUAUGUGAAAGUCUCACUCAUGUGUGAUGGCAGACGACUGAAGAAGAGGAAAACAUCCACCAAGAGGAACACCCUGAAUCCUGUUUACAACGAAGCCAUAGUCUUUGAUGUCCCUCCUGAGAAUAUUGAUCAAAUCCACUUGUCCAUAGCAGUCAUGGACUACGACCGUGUAGGUCACAAUGAGAUCAUCGGUGUGUGUCAAGUAGGCAACGAAGCUGAGCGGCUGGGCAGAGACCACUGGAGCGAAAUGCUGUCGUAUCCUCGGAAGCCCAUUGCACACUGGCAUUCACUGGUGGAGGAUGCCCACUCUCAGGACUUAUCCUGCCAUUUAAAAAGAAGAGGACAUUUCUAUUGCUGUUCACAUGUAAAAUCAAAGUAUCCUGGGUAUGUGGUCUUAGCCACAACUCACUAGUAUGUCAGGAUCCAACAAUCCUUGUAGAAAAAGAAAAUGGUAACUCGAGGAAAUCCUGGACCCUUAGGAUAGCCAGGAGAAGUAGGGAUAGUGUCAUGAGCAAAAUAUCAGCAUUGCACAGAAUGCAAACUCACCUUACCACUAGUCCUACUGCUACUCUCACACAAGUGUGGGCACAAAAGAGUUAAGAGCAGAGUCCUUGAGAAAGCUGUGAUUUAUUACAGGGAAAUAGCUCUUAGCUCUAGUUGUUGCUGCCAGAAGAGAUGCUUGAAAGCAGGAAAAAGAAUAAUAGAAAAGAAAAGGACUUUUGUACCACAUGGGAGUCUUCGAGGACUACUCAACCCAGAAGAUGUUCCUCUUAAUGCUUCAGGCCAGUAAUUCUCUACAGUCCCUAGUACAGAUGUGGCUUCCUUCACUGUCUUUACAGACUGUGUUUGAAUACCUGGGAGCCCAGGGCAUAGCCUUCGUCAGUAGCAAGAACUAGGGAAGGAAUUAAUGAUAGCAGUAGUACUGGCAGCACAAUGCUAAGCCCUGUGCUGCAGCUAAGGUGGAGAGUCUUGGGUUUUUAAGUCCUUGAACAAUUGUAGGCAGAGAAGAGAUGAGAGCUCUUUGAAUAGUGAAUCAGCUAUAAGGUCCAGAAAGGGACUCCAUAAGCCAGGGGCUGUGGAGGAAGAAACACAUCUGGAGCAGAUUCAGGUUUACCUGCUCCUCUCCAGAGAGAUAGCUGAGGAAGUUACCACCACCCCCAACCCAGCCCCACCCUCACCCAUAACCACCUUCGAGGUUCAGAGAAUGUUAGGAGUUGUUGGCAAGAGAGGAAAUUACCCCUGCCUUGUUCUUAGACUGGUUAAACUGUUAGAUUAACACUGGGCAUAUUAACAGGAGAGCAAGCACAAACUUAAUGACAUGCAUGUGGAGUCUGCAUUGAUAUAGAUUCUAAAACAAGUGAGUAAGAUGGUGGGAGGGGGGAAUCUACAUCUUGAGCUAAGGACACGGGACAGAAGCUUCAAGGUGAAGGGAGGUUGGGGGGGGGGGUCACAUAAGGAAGUGGUGAGUCAUGGUAAAGACCCAGAUACUUCGUAGCUAAAUGUUUCCUCUGCUAUAUAGGUAGGUUAUUUCUGCUAAAAAUUUGAAGUCUGUGUAAUAACCCUUCAACAUUAUUUUAGAUAGUUAAGGGAGUGGUAAGUAUCUUGGGGUAUUUCAAACUUCAUUGACCUCCGCUCAAAAUAAUCCACAUGCAGAUGUGACUUUUUUUAAUUAGGGGAUUAAUGAUUUGUAGUCAACAGUAAAUACAGUUAUGGGUACAUGUGUAAAAGUUCUCAGUUUUCAGCAAAACACUCUUACCCCCCACCUAGGUCCUCCUCCACCAUCAUGUACCAGGAUCUGAAACCCCCACAUCCAAAGUCCUUUACUUUGGUGCAAUACACCAAAUCCAGCCCAAGUUCUACUUUGAGUUUUCCCUCCUGUUCUUAUUUCUCAACUUCUGUGUAUGAGUGAGAUCAUCCCGUAGUCACUCUUCUCUUUCUGGCUGAUCUCACUUUAUAUGAUUCCUUCAAGCUCCAUCCAAGAUGGGCUGAAAACAGUGAAAUCACCAUUUUUAAUAGCUGAGUAGUAUUUCAUUGCAUAUAUAUACCACAACUUUUCAGCCACUCAUCUCUUGUUGAACAACUAGGUGGUUUCUAGGUUUUGGCUAUUACAAAUUGUGCUGCUAUGAACAUAGGUGUACACAGAUCUUUUGGGGUGGUUGUGUUGCGUUCCUUAGACUAUAUCCCCAGGAGAGGAAUUGCAGAGUCAUAGAGUAGGUCCAUUUCUAGCCUUCUGAUAGUUCUCCAGAAUGCUCUCCACAAGUGUUGGACUAAUUCCCACCAGCAGUGCAGAAGGGUUCCUUUGUUCCAGAAGCCUCUCCAGCUUUUGUUGUUGCUGUGGUUUCUGAUGUAUGACAUUCUCACAGGGGUGAAGUGGUAUCUCAUUGUUGUCUUUAUUUGCAUUUCUCUGAGGAUGAGUAACUUGGCGCAUUAUUUCACCUUGGAAAAGCUUAUUCUGGACAUCUUAAGGAGGCCUGUCUUUCAGUGUUCUCAUUUUUGAAGGUUUUUGGUGUUUGAAUAGUGUGGGGGUGGAAAACUGCAUAUGGGGUCCUUCAUGUGUUUGAAGAAUUUGAAAGGAAAAGAAAUUUGGGAGAGAGAAGUGGUGGAGUGGCAGCCAGCGACAGUGGGCAAAAUAUGGUGGUUUGAGGGAG